GUGAACAGGAUGGCAGCCUGGAUCCUCUUGGUGUGCGCGCUCAUCACUCUGCAAGGCUCAAAGGCUCAGGAUUGUGGGGUGGCACCUCUCAAUACAAAAAUAGUGGGUGGUCAGAAUGCCCCAGCUGGGUCAUGGCCCUGGCAGGUGAGCGUACACUAUCAAUCAUCUCACAUCUGUGGAGGCACCCUCAUCAGUGACCAGUGGGUGCUCACAGCAGCUCACUGCAUUAUAACAAACUCACUGAGUGCAUGGACGCUCUACUUCGGGAGAGAGACUCAGGCUGGGCCUAACACUCAUGAGGUGAAACAGAGUGUGUCGCAGGUCUUUGUCCACCCUAACUACAACAAUUCUUACUUGAACAACGACAUUGCCCUGAUGAAGCUCAGCAGCCCUGUCAACUUCACUGACUACAUCAGACCUAUCUGCCUGGCAAGUAGCUCCAGUCAGUUCUACAACUCCACAUCCUGCUGGGCCACUGGCUGGGGCAAACUCAGAGAGAAUGAGACUUUGCCAGCUAAUGCACCCCUCCAAGAAGUUCAGAUUCCUGUUAUUGGAAACAAACAGUGCAGCUGCAAUUAUAUCCCAGCAAAAGAUGCGAACAUCACUCAGCAAAUGAUUUGUGCGGGGCAACAGAACAAAGGAGCAUGCCAGGGGGACUCAGGUGGACCCUUGCAGUGCAAACAGGGUUCCAAGUGGAUCCAGGCUGGUAUUACCAGUUUUGGAGUACCUUGUGCUCAGGCAGGUUUCCCUGAGGUCUACGCUCGAGUGUCUGAAUUCCAGACUUGGAUCACAAAUCAAGUAGCAGGGGCCAAUGUGGGCUUUGUGAGCUUUACUUCUAGUGGCACCGACACAGACAGCAGCUUUGUGUGUCGCAGCAACAACUCCACUGGCAGCACUAACUCUGGAAAUUCAGCCACGUUUGCACCUGAGCUUGGAUUUUUUAUCUUCUCAGUGAAAAUGUUGCUAGACUGCAUUUUAGUUUAACACUAAAAAUAUCUCCUCUUCUGCUCUUUUUGUCUUUAAAGGUGUCUUUAAAGGUACAGUGCAUAAACUAGCACCCACUCAUAUGUAUUUUUGACUGAAUGAAUAAAGUUUAUGACGAUGCAUGAAUUUGUUAGAUGUGAUGGCACACUUAUCGAUGUAUAUUUAUUGCAACAAAGUGUUUUUCUAUCAUAUAAUCUCAAAAAAUACUUACGUAAAUUGGUAAUUGUUUUUUAAAGUAUUUUGAUUUUAAAAAACAUUAUAGUCAACUAUAACAUAACUGCACUGUAGCUCGGGUGGAUCAGCUUUUCUUUUC